AUAUCGUCUGGUCACACUAACUAGCAGCUGUUCAAAACAAACGUGCACGCUGAUAUUUUAGUUGCUUUAUUUGAAACGAGGAAUUAAAGAAUUUCUGUAAAUAUGAGCGACAAUGAAGAAGACGGUCCAACUAAACUGAGCACAGAGCCGGUGGACAAUGCCUGGUCUCUGAAAAUUCCUGCAUUUAAGGAAGAGGACAAUCCACACGGCCUCAUCGAGGAGAGCUCGUUUGCCACACUUUUUCCAAAAUAUCGUGAAAAAUAUCUGCGAGAAGUGUGGCCUUUGGUUCAGCAAUGUGUAGCUGAGCACCAUUUGAAGGCUGAGCUGGAUUUGAUUGAGGGCAGCAUGGUGGUGAAGACAACCCGAAAAACGUGGGAUCCAUACAUCAUCCUUAAGUCACGCGACAUGAUCAAACUUAUGGCUCGAAGUGUACCCUUUGAGCAGGCGAAACGAGUGCUGCAAGAUGACGUAGGAUGUGAUAUAAUCAAAAUUGGCAACCUUGUGCACAAGAAGGAGAAGUUUGUCAAGCGGCGACAGCGUCUCAUUGGUCCCAAUGGUGCUACACUGAAGUCUAUCGAGUUGCUGACAGAUUGUUACGUUCUCGUCCAGGGCAACACUGUUGCAGCCCUGGGCCCCUACAAAGGGCUGCAACAGGUGCGCGACAUUGUGUUGGAAACGAUGAACAAUGUACAUCCCAUCUACAACAUCAAGGCGCUGAUGAUUAAACGCGAACUGAUGAAGGAUCCCCAGCUAGCCAACGAGGAUUGGUCGCGUUUCUUGCCGAAAUUCAAGAACAAAAACAUCAGCAAACGCAAGCAGCCAAAGGUCAAGAAAACCAAGAAGGAAUACACGCCAUUCCCUCCUGCGCAGCCUGAGAGUAAAAUUGACAAGCAACUCGCGUCGGGUGAAUACUUCCUCAACCAAGAGCAGAAGCAGGCCAAGAAGCAGCAGGAGCGUAGUGCUAAGCAGGCCGAGGCCGCCAAAAAGCAGGAUGAGCGUCGCAACAAGGACUUUGUGCCGCCCAAGGAAGAUGGUCCAAAUACUGCUGCGGAUCGCAAACGUCAAAGCAACGAGAACAAAGUAGAUGUGAAUGCGUUGAAGGCAAAACUUCUAAAGGCUAACAAGAAGAAUCGAAGCUGAGCAGAAAACGUAGCAUUAACUUAGUUUUUAAGUCAAAAUUUUGCUAAUAAUAAAACUUAUAAACGCAUAUUCAAUCA